AUGCGCCGCCCCCAAGCCAUAGGCGUUAGCCUGAGAAGGGCAUACUGCUUGAGGCAACUCCAGACAAGCGAUUACGAUGCACAUCUCAUCCGACGGUUUGUACCGUCUCCGGUCCGAGACACCUACGCCGCCCUUAGAGCGCUCAACCUCGAGUUGGUCCGCCUCCCCGAAGUCGUGUCGAAUCCCGUCAUCGGCACUCUUCGCAUGAAGUUUUGGCAUGAGUCUAUAGACAAGACUUUCGCCGGAAUGCCACCUCGAGAACCAAUCUGCAUUCUGCUACACCAAGCUCUCCAGGGACUGGAAGCUCGAGCCGGCAGCCCGACCAAGAAGUCGAUAAAAUUUUGGGUAUCUCGACUUGUCAAGACGAGAGAAAAGUACAUGGAUGGCCGACCGUAUCCCAGUCUGGCAGCGUUGGAAGACUAUGCCGAAAACACAUACUCGACCAUGAUGUAUACGACGUUGGCAUCCAUACCCCUGCGCUCCAUGCACGUUGAUCACUUGGCUAGCCAUAUUGGCAAAGCCUGUGGCAUAAUUGCUGUGCUGCGAGGAAUUCCAGUCUUGGCCGCUCCCGGGCGACCCGUUAAGACUCCCACUGGCGCGGAUGCACCUCCGACUCGCGAGCCGUCUCUGUUGCUGCCACUGGACAUUAUGGCCGAGGAAGGCGUAAAGGAGGAGGAGGUCUUUCGACAGGGGCCAAGCGCACCCGGGCUGCAGGAUGCCGUUUUUAAAGUCGCAACUCGUGCGAAUGACCACCUCAUUACGGCUCGGGAGAUGUUGAAGCGGCUAAAGGCCGGCGAAGACCCGGGCCACGAGUUUGAGCACGAAGGAGAGGCUGAGCAUAUCUAUCUGGGGGAAAGCGACACAGCCAAGGAGAUUAGGCAAAGUUUCGGGGUGCUCCUGGAAGCCGUACCAGCUUCCCACUAUUUGGAGAACCUGGAAAAGGUUAAUUUCGAUCCAUUUGCCGUGAAGUCUGGUGGAUGGCGAUUACCUUGGAGGAUCUGGCAGUCAUUGUCAUCUGAGAGGCUAUAA